AUGGCGGUUUCCGGUAGCAAUUCGACGGAGAUUCACCCCGCUGACGAAUCUUCCUCCAGUUCUUCUACAACUUCUCUAUCUAACUUGAAAAUCUAUGCUGCAAUCGGUGUAAUCGUUGCGUGUGUGAUUGCGGCUUGUGCUUUGAUCUUCCUCUGUUUCCGCAGAAAUCGGGACUCGAGGAAGCACAAAAUGCGGGUGAAGCACAGCUCCGGAUUGAUUCCUUUGGUCUCCAAGGAGAUAGCCGAGAUCAAAGAGUCCGAUCCGACUGCGGAUUGCGAGAAAGGGGAAGUGGUUAGGGUUGAGAAAAAGAUGGAGAUCGAGUUCGAAAGUGGAGUAGGUAAAAAGAGUCAAGAGAGCGACGUAUCCGGAGGCGGUCGGAGCGACGUGUCGGUGGAGGAUCAGAACUUAGGAUGGGGACGGUGGUACAGCUUGAAGGAACUGGAAAUGGCCACCGAUGGAUUUCUGGAAGAGAAUGUGAUCGGAGAAGGAGGGUACGGUAUCGUGUACAGAGGAGUUUCGCCGGACGGCUCCGUCGUCGCCGUGAAGAGUCUUCUUAACAACAAGGGUCAGGCAGAGAAAGAGUUCAAGGUUGAAGUAGAGGCCAUUGGAAAAGUAAGGCACAAGAACUUGGUGGGUCUGAUAGGUUUCUGUGCAGAAGGAGCACAGAGGAUGCUCGUGUUUGAAUAUAUUGAUAAUGGCAACUUGGAGCAAUGGCUACAUGGUGAUGUGGGGCCUGUUAGCCCUCUAACAUGGGAUAUUAGGAUGAAGAUUGCUCUUGGGACAGCAAAAGGCUUGGCCUAUUUGCAUGAAGGUUUAGAACCUAAAGUCGUGCACCGUGAUGUAAAAUCCAGCAACAUUCUUUUAGAUAGAAAAUGGAAUGCAAAGGUGUCCGAUUUUGGACUUGCAAAACUCUUACAACCCGAAGCCACCUACGUAACUACUCGAGUAAUGGGGACGUUCGGAUAUGUGUCCCCUGAGUAUGCAAGUACAGGCAUGCUAAACGAGGGAAGCGACGUAUACAGUUUCGGGGUUCUACUUAUGGAGAUCAUUACCGGUCGAAGCCCAAUCGACUAUUCCAGGCCCCCAGGAGAGAUGAACUUGGUGGACUGGUUUAAAGGAAUGGUGGCGAAUCGACGUGGCGAAGAGGUUGUGGAUCCAUUGAUUGAGAUUCCACCCUCUCCAAGAGCUCUAAAGCGACUGUUGCUUGUUUGUCUACGCUGCAUUGACUUGGAUGCCAAUAAAAGGCCAAAGAUGGGGCAAAUCGUUCACAUGCUAGAGGCAGAUGACUUUCCUUAUCGUUCGGAGCUUCGAUCGGUGCGAGACAAAGACAGCCAGCCUUCACGACUAGACGUACCGAGUAAACUUCCAUCAAAGCAUGCGGUAUAGAUGACAGGGAAUCAAGAAAGAGAUAAAAAUCUCAUUGCUGUAAGAGAAGCCAGUUCCUAGAGGUCAGAUUAUUUUAUACUAAAAUAUUUCUUCCUUAUAAGUUUUCAAAGAUUUAAUAGGAGGCAGCGCGGUGUAUAUCUAUGAUCUCCCUUGUGUUUUUGCUGUUGUUUUGGUGUUAAUGGAUGCCUACAAACAUAAGAAAUGAGCUUUUUGUAUAAAGAAUGUCCUAUAUAAGUUCAGAUAGUCGGCCUA